AUGCAGAGCAUUAUUCAGCAGCAACAACAACAGCUGCAGCAGCAACAACAAAAGCUGCAACAACACGAGCAGCAGCAACAACAACAACAACAAAUGUUGCAGGAACAGCAGCAGCGGCUGCGCACUUAUAAAGAGCGCCAGUUGCAGCUGCAACAGCAACUGGUGCAGCUGCAAAAACAGCAGCAAGAACAACAACAAGAACAGCAAGAAAUGCAACCAGAAAUAAACAAAGUCGAGCCCGCUGGUACCGACAACGGAGUAUUCCGUACGCCGGUACCAGUGGAGGAAGAGGAAGAGGAGAAAGAAGAAGAAACGGAGGAAGCGGAGGAAGAAGAGGAAGAGAAGGAAGAGGAGGACGAAGAAGUCGUGGCGCCCGUGGGAGCAAAAGUACCUAAACCCGAUUCCCUUAAGAGGGUACUGGAUACCGACUAUAGAGACCUGUAA